UUUCUAUUGACAUUAACUUGAAUGACUCUAAAUAAACCCAAUUGCGUAAAAUGAAGCAAAAAUUCCAAAAUGCAAUUUAACACAAUAACGAAGCGUUAUUUAAGCACGGCAAAAAUAUGCAUCGUAGGCGCGGGUCCUGCUGGUUUCUACGCUGCUCAAUAUUUGCUUAAACAUUUAAAAGACUGCCAGGUAGACCUUAUUGAAAAAUUACCGGUACCAUUUGGCUUAGUACGUUUUGGCGUAGCGCCUGACCAUCCUGAGGUGAAAAAUGUUAUUAAUACCUUUAAUAAAACAGCCAUGAGCCCGCGUUUUCAAUUCUUUGGCAAUGUUUCUUUAGGAAGGGAUGUGACUCUGCAGCAGUUAAGGAGUUGGUACCACGUAGUUUUAUUAACAUACGGGGCUGAUAAGGAUCGUCAAUUAGACAUUCCAAAUGAAAAUGAAAAGACCGUUUUGUCCGCACGUGAAUUUGUGGGUUGGUACAAUGGUUUGCCUGGAGCUGAAAACUUGCAACCAGAUUUAAGUGGCGACAGUAUAACUAUUAUCGGGCAGGGUAAUGUGGCCAUUGAUGUCGCUCGAAUAUUAUUAAGGCCUAUAGAUGACUUGAAAAAAAGCGAUAUAACUUGUUAUGCAUUAGAUGUUCUUGCAUCAAGUAAAAUAAAAAAGGUGUAUUUGGUGGGUCGUCGUGGUCCUUUGCAAGUUGCUUUUACCAUCAAAGAAUUAAGGGAAAUGCUUAAAUUACGUCGCGUUUCUACCAUUUGGAAAUCUGAAGAUUUCGAAUGCAUAAAAGAGAUAGUUGACACACUGCCGAGAACUCGUAAGCGUCUAGUAGAACUGAUGCUAAAAAGUCUAAAUGAGCAACAAAAAAUACAAGUUAAAAACGAUAAACAAUUCCUUCCGAUAUUUUUGCGUUCUCCUAAAUUUCUCAAUGGACGUGAGAUGACAUUUACCAUCAAUAAACUAGAACAAGGCCGGGCGUUGCCGACAAACGGUACUGAAAUGGUCAAAACUGAUUUGAUAUUGCGCAGCAUAGGUUACGAACCAUCAUGUGCUGAUGCCGGUAUACAUAUAAAAUCUGGAUGUGUAUCUAAUGAGAAUGGACGCGUUGUAAGUUGUAAACAUGAGCACACCGUGGAUACGGGUUUAUAUGUAGCGGGAUGGUUAGCUACUGGCCCGAAUGGUGUUAUUUUAACGACUAUGAAUAAUGCUUUUAUGGUAGCCAAAGCAAUAUGUGAUGAUAUUACAAUUGGGAAUUUAAAAGUAGAAGAAGCAAAGCCUGGUGUAGCCGAGUGGUUAAAGACUAAAGCAGUGGUAAAGUGGGAAGGUUGGAAUAAAAUUGACCUUGAGGAAGUGAAACGUGGUCAACUGGUAGGGAAGCCUAGAGAAAAAAUAGUAAAAAUUGAUGAAUUGUUAACAGUAGCAAGCCUGUAACAGUGAUUUCUUUGUCAUAUAAGUAAGUAAGGCUACGGAUGCGGUGAUGGUAGAGACUGUGUACUGAAUCAUAAUAAAAAGGAUAUUGAAAUUUAAGCAUAAAUUUGCGCAACGGAUUGAAAUCUAUUGAAUAUGUAUUUACUUUCAUAUGUUCGUUAAUUCUUGUGUUAUGCUCUUUUCAUUUUUUAUGGUUGCAGGCACUCGAUCAGAUAGUUUGAAUUUUAGACAGAUUCUUUUCUACGGUGUGCAGAAACGAUGUGAGCUUAAGUUAGCAGUAAUGCCUUAUAAACCAAUGCAAAAAAAAAGACGAUUUGAAAUCAUGCGAUUUACGAAAAAUUUGUUUUUUUCUUU